UCGAUUGAUUACAUUUUACUACUUUAUUAAAACCAUAAGAUUGAUUAAAUUGAUAUUCUCCCAUUCAUAAUUUUUUAAUUAAAAACAACUCGAGAAUCUAAUUUUGAUUCUCGAAGUCGUUAAAAACUACGACGAAUCGAUGAAGGUUGAAUCAAAUGAAAAUAAUUAUUUGGCAGAUUUCUAAAUAAUCAGCAGAAAGGAUUAUAUAUAUAUAUAAAGUUUCUAUUUCGUAUAGAAAAUAAAUAAUAAAAAUAUGCCAGAUAGUGUAAAUCAAUUAGAGAGACCAUCGGUAACUCGAUCACCUCAAGAAAGAAAAGAAAUUCUAUGGAAUGCUUUAUCUUGUGCAUUAUCUCUUCGAGAAAGAAGUGAACAUUUAGAUGUUGUUGAUCUUAGAACUUUGGAACAAGUUAUGAAAGAAGGCGAUGAUGCUGUUUUAGAAAUAAGCCUUGAUGAAAAGAUGAACAAUCAAGAAGAAAUAUUUUUGGAUUCUGAAGCAAUUAAUAUUUCAUCCAAAAUUUUGACAAAAUGUACUAAAUCUUUAACGCAAAAUAUAAGUUCAUAUAAUUAUGUAGAUUUUGCAAAAAAAAUUUUACAAUAUACUCGUAAGCUUCCAGAUGAAUUAUUAGAAAAUCCGGAUUGGUCUGUUUUAGAAACAGAAGUAACAAGAUCUUUUAAAAGGACACCUGAAUAUACUACUUUGCUUGGUUCAUUGACACCACUGGAAAAAAAAGAAAUAGUUAAUAAAAGAUCAACAAUUAAAGAAGCUCAAGCCAUAAUGAAAUCACCGGAAAAUGUGGUAGUUGUUAAUAAAGAUGAGGAAAGUGUAGAAGAGACAGUAGAUAAAAUUAAGAAAUUUAUCAAACAUUAUUAUAAAAUAAAUCAAAAGCCAUUGGACUUUUAUUGUUUAAUUUUAGAUCCAAAUGACUUUGGAAAAACAAUUGAAAAUAUGUUAUAUGUAUCAUUUCUUAUUAGAGAUGGUAUCAUAAAAUUGAUAAAAGAUAAUACAGGAAUACUUGUUAUUCAACUCUGUUCUAAAGAAAUGAUAAUGCAAAGGAAGCAAGUUGGCACACAUAUAAAUAUUCAAAAUAUUAUGUCUUUAAAUAUGGAGCAGUGGAAAAUUCUGAAGGAUACAUACAGAUUAGAAAAACCUAUACUUGAUUUUGGGACUAAUCCUUGCUCUCACAGUUAAAAUAUAAAUAAAUUCAUACAGUAUUUUUAUAAAAAAUUAAUCAUUUUGUAUCAUUCCAAAUACAUAUUUUUAUGUAUAUUCGUAUUGUAUCAAAAAGGACCAAAUAAAAAGAAA